AUUUAUAGAAGAGGCGCACGCCCGUACUCCUCGGAAAGGUUUGAGGAAACAGAAGCAUCACAUUCGUCCUCAGUGGCACGUUGCACGCACGAGAUAUCGAAUCAGAAGAAAUGAUAAUUUUGAAUUUAAAUAUUCAAUAACCGGUUAAAAUUCGAUAUUCUUCAAAUAAAUUAUAUUCUCCAAAUUUAAGUUUCUUGUCGAAUUUGGAUGAUCGUGAGAUUGAAAAUAAUAAGUGGUCGAUAAUUAUUAAUCUUAAACAUAUUAGAAAGUCAGGUUUUUAGCCAUACUACGUUAAAACAUUUUAUCGUCUUACAAAAAAUAUAUUUCGAAGUGGUGAAAGAGAUUAUCGUUAGUCGUUGACUCAAGAAAAAACAUGACUGAAAAACACAAUUCCAAGGGACACAUUAUAUUCCCUAUACGGUACCUGAUGGCAAUCAUGGGUUCUAUCGGGCUCGCCAUCAUCUACGGGUUCAAGGUAAACGUAAGUGUGGCUAUCGUAGCUAUGGUGAACCACACUGCUGUAAAGUUAUCCGCGUUGCAUCAAUUGGAAUCUGAGAAUACAACUGUAAUUACUAUGGACGAAUGUCAUCACGAUAGUGUUCUUUCCAAUGAGACGAAAACAAUCACCGAGGAUGGCCCAUUCGUGUGGAAUGAACCUUUGCAAGGUCUUAUUUUAUCGUCAUACUUUUGGGGCUAUAUGGUAUCCUUACUUCCGGGCGGCAGAAUGGCUGAACUCUUAUCUGCCAAAUGGGUGAUGAACGGGUCGGUAUUUCUAAACCUCGUAGCAUCUAUACUAUCACCUGUUGCUGCUGAGAUGCAUUACUCUCUCUUUAUCCUGAUGAGAUUUAUUCAAGGAAUCGGUGGUGGUGUAACAUUUCCGGCAAUGCACAUUAUGAUUGCUAAGUGGGCUCCACCAAACGAGAGAAGCGUCCUUGCCUCGAUUGUUUAUGCAGGAACUGCUCUAGGUACUGUGAUUUCUAUACUCCUAACGGGAAUACUGGCUGCAAAUUUCGAAUGGAUAUGGAUAUUUUAUAUCGAAGGUGCACUUUGUCUAAUUUGGUGUACAGCAUGGUGGAUUAUGAUUGAAGAUAGCCCAGAGGAACAAACGAGGUUUAUUAGUCAAGAGGAAAAGGAUUAUAUUAUGCAAUCUUUAGGUCAGAAUAAAAAUAACAGCGGACAUAAAGAGAAAUUAUCAGUUCCCUGGGGCGAGGUAUUACGAUCUAAACCAUUUAUGGCAAUCUUAAUCGCUCAUUUCUGCAGUAAUUUUGGUUGGUACAUGUUGCUUAUCGAGCUGCCUACUUUUAUGAAUCAAGUACUGAAGUUCGAUAUGAGUUCUAAUGCUGGUCUUUCUUCGAUGCCAUUUUUAUGUAUGUGGAUUUUUACUAUGGUGCUUAGUAAGAUACUAGCCAUUAUGCAAGACAAAAAAUUAAUUACGGUAACGGUAUCGAGAAAAAUUGGAACACUGUUUUCAUCUGUUAUUCCCAUGAUAUGCUUAAUAGGAGUAUCAUAUGUUGGUUGUAGUCGAACAUUAGCAGUUACAUUAAUGACUAUUGGAGUAACAUGUAUUGGUGGAAUGUAUAGCGGGUUCUUAUCAAACCACAUUGAUAUUGCACCAAAUUUUGCUGGUACUCUUGUCGCCAUUACAAACUGUGUUGCUACCGUACCUGGAUUUGUUGUACCAAUAUUUGUAGGAAAAUUGACAUACGGAAAUCAAACUAUAGGAGCAUGGAGGAUUAUAUUUUAUACAACUGUUGUCUUAUACAUAAUCGAGAUAUUAGUCUACACUAUUUUUGGAAGUGGAGAAGAACAACCUUGGAACAAAAUUAAACCAGCUGAUGAAGAAGCAAGCGAUCAAACAUUACCAUUAAAAGAAAAGUCUAUGAAGUGAAUGUAAUUUUUGAGUGUAUGAUGUGAAUUGAUUUUUGAACUUCAUAUUAAACAAUUAGAUUUAGUAAUCAU